AUGACAGAACAGGUGCAUGAUCACGAGACAAUCACCGACAUGAAGAGCUUGGAAUCAUAUCCACCAUACAGCUCACCUGCUCUGAAAUCAGACAAGCCUAAAGUUCUUUUGAGAGAAAUCCAUGGGUAUGACCAUAAAUCAAUCAUGUUUUCAACUGAAGAGUCUGGUCCAACCAAGGAUCUUUUUCAUUUUACUUCAGUUGAUGCUAAAGUGAGUCUGAAUGCCUCUGUGGACCUUUCAGGCGUGGUUUCAGAAGAAAUAUAUGUUCAUAAAGAUGAUUCCACUUCAAGCUGGAUAAUUAACAGCCAUGAUGCUUCAUUAAUUCAGACAAUUUAUAUCAACGAUGCUCCUUUAAGCAGAGUAAAUAGACGGGAUGGUCUCCUUAUAAGCUACACAAGUAGUAGGGAUAACACCUCAAUAAGGAGGCCAAGUAGUAGUGAUGAUACCCCUGUAAGCAUAUUAAGCAGCUGGGAUGAUACCCCAAUAAGCAAGUCAAGUAGCAAGGAUACCCUUGUAAGGGGGCCAACUAUUGAAGAAGAUUUCCCUAUUAUCAGGUCAAGUAUUAAGGACGAAACUGUGUCAAACAGACCUAGUAGCAGACUUGAUAUGAUGCACCAUUCAAAUCUUUCCUCUACAUCCAGCAGUAAUGACAAGUUCAUUGUGAUAGAACUUGUCUCAUCAGUUGCAGGAAAUAUGCCUUACAGUUCCCAACCAAUUUCUUCUACCCAAAAGAACACACAGCCAGAGAAAAGAACAAAUGAGCACAACCUAACAAUUGAAAAACCAGCAGUGACCUCUCCUCUGGUUUUCGAUGAUGUUAUACAUGUUAUAAGGCAUAGUAGCUUUCGUGUUGACAGUUAUGGCAGUGUUAAAGAAAAAGAUGUUAGGAACUCCAAUUCCUCAUCUGCAGAAUCUGGUUCAACAGAGGUGCUGAAGGAAGAGGAGACAGUAGAAAAAGAAACAUUGGAUGUCAAGUGUGAUAGGCAAAGGGCAGAGGCACUUGAAGGACUUCUAGAAUUAUCUGCAGAGUUACUGCAAAAUAACAGACUGGAAGAGCUGCCAGUUGUUUUGAAGCCAUUUGGGAAAGACAAGGUAUCCCCAAGGGAGACAGCCAUAUGGUUGACCAAGAGUAUGAAAGGGAUGAUGAUUGAGGACUAUCGACGGAGUUCAUGA